CUAGAGGACGUGCGAAGAUGCUCUCUGCAAAUAUAUACGUAAUACGCUUUUCAGUCUGCAGUUCAGUUUCUUUUUGGUUUUAAUUCAUGAAUGCGUGGAGUAGAAAUAGCGAAUCGUUGAGGCUCGGUGGGUCAAUCAUUAACGUGGCUUAACCUCCCAGAACGGAUGCCGUUAGCUAAUGAGGCCGGAUCACAGCCUGGGAUGUAGGGCUGGCAGAACACAUUGUUUACUUUUUUGCGUUUCAGUAAGAUAAGACAACCGCUGCCUCCUCGAUAUGCCAAAAUAUGGCUGCUAGCCACUACUUAAUGAGGUUUAGCUUUGACUUUGUAGCAAUUUUGCCGGGUUCUGCUGGAGUUUCACUUGAAGCAGCUGCUCUGUUGCCAUGCUGAUCUAAGCUGGUAGGAUGGUUUUAAAGUUCUGGUUUAUAUGGAGCCAAGCAGUGAUGCGUGUUUUAGUGGGGCUCAUUGUGUCGCUCUUAUUUUCUUUCCUGUAGGCUACUUUUUAUAAUACAAUUCAAAAAAGAGGGUGAAAAUGACUUUUUUUACAUUUAGGAACAGCUUAUACUAAAAUAAGUUUUGUCAAAUUCUAACUACUUGUGCACUGUGUUGGGAUGAGAAUCAUUAACGUCUCUGUUCAAAGACGUUGGAUGUGGUUUUCACCUGGACAGUGCUCCACUCCACAAUCUCUGUGGGGGGCGUUUAAGGCGGUAGGGAACAUCGUCCCAUCAUUAUGAACGGCCAAAAGAUGUGAAGCAACUGGAAACACCAACUGCUUAUGACCGAAAACCCACCUGCAGCUCGACACCCUCACGAUGGUCAAAUGCAAUUAAUGUCUGAUUAGUUUUGUCUCUUUUAUCGAGUUGGAGACCUUCAACAACGAGGGGAAAAAGAGAGAAGGUGGUAGAAGGAACUGAAAAAAUUAAAAAAAAAGAGUAGCAGGGGAGGUGCAACAGAGAAGGAGGAUUAAAAGGAAGACGAGAAAAAAGAAAAAAAAGCGGAAACUGUGUCCAGUUCAGUGCCUGAUGUACUUUUGCUCAAGGUUUUAAAUAGAAAAAGGGUGUUGGGGCUUUUUGAUCUGAACGAUGAUCGCUCUUGUUUACUCGAGAUUAAAAAAAAGCUGUCCGAUCACUUUUUUCAAUUCAAGUAUUAGACACUUCAUCAUAAAUGCCACACACUGGGUGAAGCCUCUAAGGCACCUUAAUCAAUUUCCACCAUCAUUGCCCUCUUAAACACCAUGACGCUUCAAAAGAUUGACGUGACACUUUUUUUUUUCUUCUAUUUUGUGUAGUUGGAUCACACUAAAAAGUUGCAUAACACUCUCUGUGCGUUCAGUGCAGCGAUUGUCAUUCUAUCGUUUUACUGAAACGCACAAACAACCUUGUAGAAUCUGUAGAAAGUUGCUGAAAACAGAGGACUGCGUUUUAGCCUCUGUUGCAAGAUGACCUGCUCUUUAUUUGGCUUCAAAGUCUAACGUCUAACUUUAGCUGGGAGAGUGGUUAGACGCCUUGCAGUGAAAAGAAGACUUUGCGGCGCUGAGGCCCUCUCACAUUGUGCAACGGUAAAAUAAAGAGUUGUUAUUACAGUUUGACGAGAAAGAAAAGGUGCAAAUUCCAUCUCACGGACACACACAGUCAACACAAGACAAAACUGGGUCAAUUAUACAUUUCAAUUCAAUUAAACAGCAAACUGGGCUAUUGCUUUCUUCCCACUAGUCUUCCACCCCCUCUACUGCAUUCCUAGAUUCUGGGAUGUUAUUAAAAAAGGAUGAGUGUGUACAUAAGAUGGUUGGAUGCCUAUAAGGCGAGGUAAAUACGAGUGCAUAGCACCUGUCAUUUAAAGUGCUGUACAUUAGACAGGCAACAAGAAAAUAUAUACAAAAACACGAGACAUUGUAAAAAUAUAUUAACAAGGAUAAAAAUAUCAAAUAUAAGGCUGGAGUCAACUAGCCUUGACCUGGAAGAAGUGAUUGGACGUGAUAUUUACCUGUCCACCUACCUACCUGUGUCCGAGUAACCACAGCUCGUCACCACAGUCCCCAGCUGUUAACAGCUGCGUUCCCUGUUUUCACGCUUGAUGGUUUGCGGGGGCGUUUUUACUGGUUUCAUGACUUUGUGGCCUUUCAAAACAAACUUCCAAGUUAAUAGAAAGUUUCAGUACUCGUUUCAGAUUUCAGAAGUCUUUUCCUGCAGAUGCGAUAUUUGUAACCAUGUCAAAAUAAGUGCGUAUGUGUGUGUGGGUGCAACUGUGCAGGACUAUCUGUAUGAUUCCAGUCUGAAGCAAUGGAAAGUCCCCCCAGUCUCUUUCUCGGGUCCUCGGGUCCUGACUGGGCGUGUGUGACUGUGUGUGUAAUAGUGUGGGUUGUCUCCGGCAGCUAAUCACACAGUAGCUAUGAGGAAACCGGAAAAAAAAGCUGCAGCCUGUCGACCAAUCAGAAGUCCGGCCUCAAGGAGGAGGCAGCUUCAGGAAACCACUGGCACAGUAUCAGGAGUUGAGACCUCCAACAGACUUCCUUCAGACAUCCGACCAACUUCCGUCCAAGUUCCUGUCCCUCCACUAACUCCGUUCAUGUUCACUUUCUUGCAUUUAGCCGAAUUCUUCAUGUAGUUGUUCCAAAUCUCGCCGGUCGAAUCCUCCUCAACUUGGAUCUGCAACUCAAUCCACUCUGUCCGCCGUUGCUCGCUUAAAAAGUAUGGUGGCGAAUUGCGUUGUGCUGCCGCCUUCAUGUCCACCGACAUGUCCGCUCCAUCCUUGAGGAAGAACAAGUCAUUUGUGCGGAACUCCAAGGGCAAUGUCGGGAUGUGUGUUCGAGAACAGCGGGAUGUCGUAACCAUGUCGUCCCCAGAGAUAUCCUGGCCUGUGCCGAUGCCGGCCAUCGGGGCUCAGAACCUCCUCACCAUGCCGGGAGGAGUUUCCACUUCGGGAUACCUCCACAAGAAGGGAGGCAGCCAGUUCAGCCUCUUGAAAUGGCCCCUGAGGUACAUCAUCAUCCACAAGGGCUGCAUGUACUACUUCAAGAGCAGUACCUCGCCUGCACCCCAGGGGGCGUUCUCGCUCAACGGCUACAACAGAGUGAUGAGAGCAGCAGAGGAGACGACGUCCAGCAACGUGUUUCCCUUCAAGAUCGUCCACUUCAGUAAAAAACACAGGACGUGGCUUUUCUCUGCAGCCAGCGAGGACGAGAGGAGGAAAUGGAUGCGAUACCUGCGGAGGGAGAUAGAUCACUAUAAUGAGAGAAAAGAGUCCCACUUUCCAAGUGACUCCGAUUCAGAUGCAGAAAAGUUCUAUGGAACGAUUGAGACGCUCAUGGAUAUAAAACACCACGUCGAUAACGCAGAAGAUGAAUAUGGAAACGAUGACGAGGAUGACGAUGAGGAUGACUAUCUGGAGCCGGACAGCGACUCACCCACAUCCACAGGUCGACCCACGGCCCCGCCCCCGUCCUAUCCCCCACCCCCAGUGCCGGUGUCAUUUCACCAACGUCAAGACUCCAGUCCUGCUUACCAGAAAGGCGCUCCUCCUCCCGUCCCGCCACUACACAGAAUCCCAACCAGCCCGCUCCCCAAAAAACCCCCGCCCGCUCAUCCCCCUCCAUCCUUUUUGAAGGAGCCAUACAAAGGCGCGCCCCCUCCACCUCCCUUGGUCUCCCUCCCGCACAGGUCUGUGUCUCCCACCCCCCCGCCUCCUCCUCCCCCCAACGCCAAAAGAUCCCCCCCGUGCAGGGUGACAUCCGUCGGGGGACCCGGGAGUAACAAGAGAGACUGGAGGCCCCUGCCGGCCGUGUCGGUCCAAACCCCCGCCACUCUGCCCAUCUGUGAGAAAUUAGUGAACAGGAUGGCGGUAAAUGGUCCCACCCACUGCCCCCUCAGUCCUGGUGGGAGCCAAUCAGUGGGCAACAACCACCACGGGGUCAUGGGCAAUCACCGCAGCAAGCCGAGCCCACCUCCUCAUCCGUGUAACAUUGGAGGGUCCUGCCUCAGACCUGCGGCGUCCGACUUCCUGUCCCCCAGCAAGACGCCCUCCAGUCACCCACCGCUGCACGGCCCCCCCGCGCUCUCUCCUCUGCUGAAACCUCACAAGAAGUCUGGGAUACCCAAACCUCCUCCACCAACACUCAAACCCCCCCUGCCGGCAGACACGUGCAAUCCGCCGGGAACCCCACUGAAAGCAUCUCCAGAUGGCCAGAGCUUCCGUUCCCUGGGAGACGAGACGCCCACAGAGUCCAGGUGGAAGCAAGGCUCGAACAAGCGCGGCGGAGGGGAGGAGUCCGACGACGACGACUACGAGGACGUGCUGCUGCCAGACUCUGUGUUCAUUGAUACCACUGACACCUGCUUUAUAGAAAACAUGUUCAGAGAGAGCGCCAUGGCUCCGCAGGACGGACUCUACUGCAUCCGCAACUCCGUAACCAAAACAGCAAAGGUGCUGGUGGUGUGGGACGUCAGUAUCGGCAAAGCCAGGAACUACCGGCUGUUUGAAGAGGAGGAUCGUAUAUUUCUGGACAACGACAUCCCCUUCACCUCUCUCUCAGCCGUGAUGGAACACUACCACAAGCAUCCCCUCCCGCACCACGGCUCGCUGCGGCUCCAGAAGCCCUACCAAAACAUUCCGGGCCGCUGAUCAGCGCUGUCGAGAGAGAGAGCGGAGAGCCUAUCAGAACGGAUCGCGCCUGUUCCCCGUUGCACAGCGCAUAAAAGCGUCGAUGUCAAACGGAAACCAUGGUGACCUUUGGGUUGGUCCCGUUGAGCCCGCACGUAAGUGCCCAGGUCAAGUCCCUGCUUGUGUGACAUGUAUGAACCACCCAAAGCGAGAACCAUCCCGGCACUCACGACAAAAAUGUGGUUUUAUUUACUUUUUUAAACAAAGGAUAAACAGGUGGAAUCAACCAAACAGCAUAACUGUUACAUUCAGAUGACUGUGGUAGACGAGCAUAUAUAUCCAUAAAAAAACGUAUCAAUGAACAUACUGUAUAAAAAGCUAUACAAAACAUUGAUUGAAUUGAAAUUGGAUUAAUACCACCAAACAAACAAAGUUGCGUCAACAGAAAUGCAGAUGUUUGUAAAAGAAGGAAGCCUUGAACUUUAACUGUGGAACUCAAUCAAGUCACAACCUUUCAUUUUCCAAAGGACAUUGGUCCUCGGGGGUUUGUCACGCGUGUGAUCAAAGUGCAUCUCGGAGUGGAGGGCUGAUGUUGUAGUGAGCUGUUGAAGUAUAAAGCCACUGGGUCCGUUGCCACACGUGUUAAUGUGUCGUGCUCUAAACACAGCUCUGCAGACAGCGUGGCGUUUUCAUACGAGAGUCGACCACAGGGACGUUUGCUCAUUGGAUGUGUUACAAAUACUGAUACACCUGUUAUUGAAGGAUUUUAAUAAAUUUAUCGCAUUUCAAAUUGAAUUGAAUUAAAGUUACAUAUUGCGGAGGAUGCUUCCAUUUUGUGAACUAUUCCUACAGACAAGAAUAAUGCUCUGAACUGAAUCCGACAUCUUGUAAAGACUUAAAACUGACAAGUGCUUAUGCCAACAACUGGACCUGUGUGGGACUGUUAUGAGGGGACAGGAAUGUCUUUAUGUAUUUCACAAAGCUAAAAUAAGCCUGUUGUUACUGUUUAAUUAUUAGGCAACACAUAUUUAUUUAGUGUACAGAUCUCACGACCAACUGCAGGAAUUGUAAUUGCUAUUUAAGCAUCCCGGGGGAUUGUAAUGCUUUGAUUUGUUGCACUUUUGUUGUGAAGUCCUUGGAUAGUAGAACACUUUUCACCUACUAACAAGAAAUGAAACCAAACUGUAAGUGGUGCUAAUUGACGAAUUGAUCAUGAAGAAAUUCAUUCUCAACUGCUAAAACUUUGACAUUCUGAAAAUUAGUACUGUACUGAAAAAGUACUGACUUUAAUGCUAUAAAUUGCUAUGUAUUAAUGUAUGAAUGCUGUAAGUACUGUAUAAAAUGUGUAAAAAUGUAAAUAUGUUUUUCUACAGAAAUAUAUGUUGAGAGUAUAAAAGAUUGCUCACAGCC